CGCUGUAGCUGUAAUAUCUACUAAAUACAACCUGAACAUAUAGCCAGCCGUCUGUCGUAUUGCUCGGGUAAUCAGAAGACUCUUAAGUAGCCACUCGUAAAAGACAGCGGAAUACAUCUGCUGCUUUAAAGUGCUGCAAUGUCGACUGUCGAAGAACUCAAGCUAAGAGUUCGUGAACUCGAAAAUGAACUGAUAAAAUGUAAGCAGAAAAGCUACGAAGACACAGAUCAUCAGGCAUGUCCUCGACCAAAAAUCGAUCAGAUGAGCGCAGAAGUAGUGGAUUCAAAUCCAUACAGUCGUCUUAUGGCUUUGAAACGUAUGGGCAUUGUAGAAGAUUACGAGAAAAUUCGCUCGUAUACUGUUGCAGUGGUCGGGGUUGGGGGUGUCGGUAGCGUCACUGCAGAAAUGCUAACGAGGUGUGGCAUUGGUAAGUUGCUGCUGUUUGAUUAUGACAAAGUGGAGCUUGCAAACAUGAACCGACUCUUCUUCCAGCCCCACCAAGCCGGCUUCAGUAAAGUGAAAGCAGCUGAGCACACACUUAGAAACAUCAACCCAGAUGUCAUAUUUGAAAUCCACAACUACAACAUCACCACAAUGGACAAUUUCACACAUUUUAUGGAUCGCAUAAGUCAUGGGGGGAUUGAAGAGGGAAAGCCUGUGGAUCUGGUCCUGAGUUGUGUGGAUAACUUUGAGGCUCGCAUGGCCAUCAAUACUGCCUGUAAUGAGUUGGGUCAGACCUGGAUGGAGUCAGGAGUCAGUGAGAAUGCCGUGUCUGGUCACAUUCAGCUAAUUAUCCCCGGAGAGACGGCCUGUUUUGCUUGUGCUCCUCCGUUAAUUGUGGCAGCAAACAUUGAUGAGAAGACGCUGAAGAGAGAUGGGGUCUGUGCAGCCAGCCUGCCUACAACCAUGGGUGUGAUCGCUGGGGUGCUAGUACAAAACGUCCUGAAGUUCCUGCUCGGUUUUGGGACAGUUAGUCACUACCUGGGUUAUAAUGCCAUGCAGGAUUUCUUCCCCACCAUGUCCAUGAAACCUAACCCUCAGUGCAGCGAUGCCUACUGUGGGAGACAACAACAGGAGUAUCAGAAAAAGGAAGCACAGAGACCCAAGGAAGAUGUUGAUGUGUCAGAAGUCAAAGAGGAAGUGGUGCAUGAAGACAAUGAUUGGGGUAUUGAGUUAGUCUCUGAGGUCACAGAGGAGGAGCUGGAGCUGGCGUCUGGGCCUGUACCUGUCUUGCCAGAGGGCAUUGCUUUAGCGUAUACUAUUCCAACGCAGAGCGGAGAUUCUGCUUCAUCGGCUGCGACGGUGGGAGAGACAGACUGUAGCCUUGAGGAGCUUAUGGCUCAGAUGAAGAAGAUCUGAAAAAGUGCAUUUCACACCGAUAAAGGCAAAGCCAACCAUCAUAGCGGGGGAAAUUCCAUGCAAUCUUCAACUCUGCCAUCAUUUGCAACUCCUCAACUCUGACACAAUUGACAUGAUAUUAAUAUGGAUUUAUUUUGUAAUAAUAAUUUGCUGUAAGUAGAAUACCUUGAACUGGGCCAAACAAUUGAGCAAAUGCCAUUCUUAGAAGAGGUAAAGCACACAUGUCUGUACCUUUGAUUUUGAUUUUGCUUCUCUUGCACAUUACAUAGUUACCUAACUGAAACUUAUUUCAAAUUCAAACACAUCUCUUAGAUCGAUUUAUCUUAUUUAUUAUCAAGUUAGUGUCAUGCUGAAACAAAAGCUAUGAUCAGUGUUUUUUUUUUUUUUUUAUGUAACUGGCAGUAUGUAUCUGGAAAAAAAAUCUCAAGUUGAAUAAAAUGUCAGAGGAAUGGUCUGUCUUGUGAUCUCCAUCGCCCUACAGGGACACUUAGUGCUGUAGAUGGCAGCUACAACAUUCCACAUUCUGCAUGCUCGUUGGACAUUUUGGGAUUCACAGUUAAGAACUGGUUAUCAUUUCAUAAAUAUGUUUUUGAUGGAAAAGAAUGUAAAAAGACACAUUGACUAGCUUCUGUUUUUACCCAUACCACACAUUUAAAGAUGUUUAGGUUGUACAUAAAAUUUUGUCCAAAAUUAUAUCUCUAGCUAUGCCAGUGACACCAUGCAUUACAUCACUUGGUGGGAGGAUCAAUAUAUUUUAAAAUGAUGUAAAUUGAAAUGGAUAGGAAGAAAGUGACCAGGUCUUAGCCAGAGGUUGUCCCACUUGUCCCUAAUGUUUGCAAAAGUCAGCACAAAAGAUGUACUUGUCCCUCCCACAACUUGUAUCCUCACAGAUAUAACUGGAUUAUUUAUAAUAAAAGGAAGAUGGCUAAAUUA